CUUACCGCAACGUGUCCAAAUCCAUUUCCCGCUAUCCUAAUAACAAGCUGGUCCCCUCUAUCCGUUCCCGUCUUCUCCUCUCUCUCUCUCUCUCUCUCUCUAUACCCUAAUACCGAUAUGUCAUGUACGCGCGCGGGUAAGUAUCGUCUCCUUCUCUAUCAAUCCUUUUUCUUGUUGAGAACUUCAAUGUUUUGGUCUUGAUCUUUAUUCAACUGGUAGAGAUGUUGUCUGGUAGGCAUCUGGAACUGGGUAGGAGCAGAGAAGAAACUGAUAUUGUUGGAUAUUGGUAGACAUGAUGGGGCUGUUUCUUGAAUUAAUGACAAACACAAUAGUCUUGGCUACAAAGCCAUGCACUUUGAUCAGACUUUUAUGCCUGGUCGGUGCAAAAAUUGUUGGUAUUGUUACAUUCACAUGGUUGCAACUAGUGAAGGCUUUCAUCAACUUCCACGUGGAUGUGUGCUGGGGGAUUUUGAUAUGGACCAUUGCUCUCAUAUCUCUUCCUUUCCGGGUUCUCAAUGCAUUGCAAAGGGAGAGGGUGCUAGAAAUUCAUCUGCAAGCGAUGCAGAUUGACUUGGAUAAUCUUGUGUGUGAAAAGAAGGAACUCGAAGAACGGUUGCAUAUAGCUCUUAAAGACCGUGGGAUCAUGGAGACGGUAUUAGCAGAGAUUGAUGAGGAGCAUGAUAAAGCUAUAGCCAGAAUUGAUCUACUGGAGAACAAGCUGCAGGAUCUGAAAGAUGAAAAUCUUCGACUAAGCGAAACCCAUGGGAAAGACGCUGAGUAUUUUACUGCCCACAACAAUGUUGUUGGCGAUGAUGAUUAUGACAUUCCCCUUGUUGCCGAUUAUGAUGUUCCCUCCUGGAAAUCAGGUUAUGAUGGAAGUGGAGCAAACCUCCAAGACCUAAUGCAUGGAGAUGCAUGGGAGGAUGAAACCGACAGCAAACCUCGGAAGCAAGUAUUCUUAAAACCUGGGUCAAAAGUAGCCCGGCCGUAUCCAUUUUCCCCCCGAAUCGUCUCCAGAAAUCUAACAGUGGAUGAGGAGGCAUUGGACCGACGAAGGGGUGUUGCACUCUCGCAGAGCCUUUUCAGCACAUUUUUGUCACUUCUGGUUGGCAUGAUCGUCUGGGAGGCUGAAGACCCCUGCUUGCCCCUUGUAGUGGCACUCUUCACUGUGGUUGGCAUGUCUCUAAAGAGUGUAGUCCAGUUCUUCUCCACCAUAAAGAAUCGGCCCGCUUCUGAUGCGGUUGCAUUAUUGAGCUUCAAUUGCUUCAUACUUGGCACCCUUGCAUCUCCAACCCUGCCGACCGUCGCCCGCAUGUUGGCGCCACAAGCUUUAAGGCUUGCUGACUGGAUGAUCUACCAGCUUGGAUUUUUGUCUUAGUAGCAGGCUGACUGCAGAUCUGGAGCUCGGUAUCCAUUCCUUUUGGGGGUCUAGAUAUGCAGUUUCCAUGGGAAGAUUUUGUGGUAUGUAACUUCCCUGUAUAUAACUGCCCCUAAUAUUGGCCUUUUGUUUUUCAUUAAAAUUUGAACUCUUCAAGUUGAGGUUGAUGUGUUGCUUGAAAUUGACUGAAGCCUGUACUAUACUACUUGAUCUAGUUGAACAAGGACACGUAUACUCUGUUCUUUAGUUUCGAACAUUCUGUAGAAAAAAGGUGAAUGAGCUUUACUAGAA